AAAUGUGAACCGGUCCUAGUUACGAUUGACAAUGAUAAAACCUAGAAUAUGGUCGAGAGGAGGCACGGGAUGAGAGAGUACGAGUGAGCGGUAAAAUGACUACUAAGAUGCUUCUAUCGCUGUUUCUACAUUGUUUUUAUGUAACCACCGCUUCGAUGCCUGGAGGCUUAGGCGUCUUGCCAGGUGUGAGCGGCGGUGGGGAGACACGGGCGGAACGGCCGUACUUCGACGACGUGUCUCCUCGCAAUGUGUCUACGGUCGUCGGUCAAUCAGCUGUUCUCAGAUGCCGCGCAAAACAUAUAGGAAAUAGGACAGUAUCUUGGAUGAGAAAAAGAGAUCUCCAUAUACUGACAUCUCACAUCUUCACGUACACGGGAGAUGCGAGGUUCAGCGUGCUACAUCCCGAACCAUCAGAUGACUGGGAUUUGAAGAUAGAUUACGUUCAGCCACGUGAUGCGGGUGUUUACGAAUGUCAGAUCAAUACUGAACCGAAAAUCAACAUGGCAGUUAUCCUAAACGUUGAAGAUGAGUCUUACACCCCCGCGCCUCAGCCACCGGUCCGAUCCUCAGCUGCGGCAGCUACCAUCUGGGGCUCUCAGGAUGUGUACGUGAAGAAAGGUAGUACGAUAUCUUUGACGUGCUCAGUGAAUGUUCACUCGUCGCCACCCUCAAGUGCUUCUGUUUUAUGGUACCAUGGCAAUGCAGUUGUCGACUUCGACUCACCACGUGGUGGCAUCAGCUUGGAAACAGAAAAGACGGAGGGUGGUACCACUAGCAAGCUUCUGGUCACAAAAGCCGCUCUAACAGAUUCCGGCAAUUACACUUGCGUGCCCAACAAUGCGCACCCCGCUUCCGUCUCCGUUCAUGUACUUAAUGGGGAACACCCGGCCGCUAUGCAGACAAGUAAUCGCGCGUCAUCGUAUCUCACUUCGCAGUUGAGCUGCGCGGCUUUUACAUACCUCCUCUCAUCUAUGGCCUGCAGAUGAUCACCUUAAGUUGUUGUGAAUGGCUGGGACUUUUGUUAAGCUACCGACGCGUCGAAUUCUUAAAAUUGUAAAUUAAAUAUAAGUCAUUUUGUAACUAUUUCGUUGGAAUUUUCUUAAUCGGAAAAUUGUUGAAUGUUGUUUUUAAUUAUUAGUAUUGAGUAUUAUGUGGAAUUAGAGGUCAUUACUAUUGCAAUGUUAAAUCAUAUUUAUAGUUAAGAGAGAAACAA